UAUACGUAUUAUAUAUACGUAUAUAUAACAACUAAAUCGACGUGAGUAAGCUUGAUUCGUCGUCGAAUUGAUACUUACGUACAAUGUUAUUGUUUACAUGUCCAAGUCAGCUACUUUCUUUCCUACAGCAGCGAGGUAGACUUUGACUCUAGAUUAAAGGAGAACAUCAACGAGAAUAACAGUAUAUAUUAUAAGGGCCGACAAAAAUUUAGUCUCAGAUAGUUGAUUCUACAGGACAUUCCAAAAGAUGGUGAUUCCGAAGGUAUUGGAGUUGAAAUUAAAACUUACUCUAAGAAUAUUGCAGUGCUCUGGAUAUUAUUUUUCGUUUAUUCUUGAAACAAUUGUUUUGAAUUUCUCCGCGAAAAAUGGCCAGUGCAAUAAUAAAUAUUUCAAUCAACGCAACAAGCAUCGAGGCGAUCAUAUUACGGGAAUUUCGUGCAUUGUUGUAAAAGUAGUAAAUCCAACAGAAGUAAACUUUAUACUAAAGACCGCGUAUUAAAUCCUUGAAAGUAAUGUAUCAUCCGGUAAACGAAGCCCGUACAUGUAUAAUAUAUAAUCGCAUUGUUAAAUUGUCAUGUAAAUGCAAUUUUUUCUAUGCACAUGACACUUGCCAGCCAAACGGGUGUCGCGUCUGUCCUAAGGUGUUUUGUUGUGUCAAUUGUCGAGAUACCCACGAGAGAAAUAAACACCCAAACUUGAAGGGCGAGUGCCCGCUGUGCGUAAGUGACAGUUUGCCCUUCGAUCCGGUCUGCGACGGAAGUAGGGUCGAGCUCAUCGGCCACCUCCUCUUGAACCACCUGCCGCUCGGGUGCCAACUCUGCGGCCAAGUAUUCACGAACAACCUCGACUUGAUAUCUGCUCGGCCUUGCAGAUCCAAGGAGCAACUGCUCGUGGUGGCCGGCCCCGCCAAGCGCAAGCUCACUAACAACGGUCAGGCUUCCACGUCGUCACGGCUGGAGAUAAUCGUCGAGGACGAGGACAAGCCGAUAGGACAGGAAAACUGCUUGGACUCGCCGCUAGUCGAAAAGGUGCGGCUCCCGAGCACGAGCACCCCAGUGCAACACGGCCCGGACGGUUCCCAGCAGCACCAAAGAAGCGCUCCGGACUUUGUCCUAAACAAGACGCCCUUGUCCUUUGAGUCCGAGGUCGGUUCGCGCUCGUCGGUUCGCGACGAGUAUCGUCACUCGACCAGCAGCCUCCGCAAGAGUGAGAGCGAUUCGUUCAGCCAGCCGUCACCGUCGUGCUCGAUUUUAAAGAAACAUCGGAUCGACCCUGUGACGGGCGAGAUCCUUAUCAAGUCGGGCAAAAACAACAACAACACAAUGGAGAAGCACGUGCAGUUUGCGGAUUGUCGUGAGGCUAGUGCCGAAGACGUCUUCUUCGAGGCCCGCGAGAGCCUAGACGAGGUGAGGAAGGUUGACGCCCGCACGAGCUGGUGCUCUCCGUCCUCUACCACCGCCUCUUGUCGCUGUAACGGGAGGAACGACGAGACUCGGGAAAAUGGAAACCCGAGGUCCGCGGUCACGACGAGCGCGCCUUCCUCGCGGGUGAUCAUGAUGCUCGUGAUGGAGCAGACGGACCCAAAGGCCCUCUCGAGUGAAAAUCUGCAGUCACUGAUCGACUCGGGUCUCAAACAGCUAGAAAUGAAUUCGGACAAGGGGGACGGUUACAGUGAAUGCGUCACCAGUAGUAGCAGCGCCAGUCGGGCGAUCAAGUACAGUCCUGAGGUGCCGAGUCCCGACAAAAAGAGGGCCAAGGCAUGCCACCCCGCGAAAGACUGCAGCAAAGCCGCGCAGGCACCGGAAGCUGGCAGUCCGAAAAUCAAAGAUCGGGUAAUCGAUUGUUACGGAGACACGCACGACAAAUCACCGGUCAAGUCGGAUGGAAUUUGGUCCGUGGUAGCGAGAGCUGUCAAAUCUGCCAUCAACAAGUUACCUGUGCAGGCAAUCAACCACAUGAUACCAAGCAUGCCAACUUCCCUGGCAAGCCUGAUGCCCGUGAUGAGUAUUGAGCGCGAGCAAACUAUCCUCGAGAUCUCGAGCACCUCGAGCUCUAGCCCAAUAAUCGCUCGUGGCUGUCCACCGCACACCUCGGCCCAACUGAAUCAGGCCCACAACGUCGCGGUCGGCCACCAGCCCGUCUUUUGCAGCACGAUGAGAGAGAGCGAAAGCGACUCCUCACCAGACUUUGCAGGUAUGAUCAGCAGGGAUGGAAGAAAGAGCAGCGGCAGCAGCGGCAGCAGUAGCUCACCGAGCGGGGCCAAGCCGAGCCCGACUCUGAAGCGCUACCGGGGCCGAUACAGGAUCAAAGCUCGCCAGCCCAUCGCUCGUCUACGCCAUCAGCGUCCGAGUCCCACUUCCCCAAGAGGCGCCUCGCUCGAGACUCAACGUUUCCAGCGGGGAUCUCUCAUGGUCGGCAAACAAUCGCUUCCCCUGCCGUCCCGUGCUCACGAGAAAAAAGUAUAAUUAUCGUUGAAGAGGUAUUUUGUGCUCCUAAUAAUUCAUUGAUAUUGUUUCCCCAUUGGGCAGAAGCUCUUGUUUUUACGCUACAGUUUCACGAGCUUCGGGCAAUACUUUUUUAUGUUUUACGUCGUUUUUGUUGGACUAUUCGUUUUUUUUUUUUUUUUUUUUUUUUUUUCUCGUAGAUGCUUUAUAAUAAUGAUGUGCACAUCCGUGAAAAAACAACUUGAUACUACUUACUUGGUAAAGGCGUUAUAUAUUUAUUCAAUUUUUUUUUUUUUUUUUCCUUAUUGUAAAAAAAAAGUAGCGCUCCAUGAGAAGACCAUAUAUUACAAUAUCAUCAUCACACACGCGCAUGUAUAAAUAACUGCAUGUUAAGGUACAUACUUCUUUCACACCAUAGGGUUUACAUUUCUUCUUAUUUAUCCCAGUCGAGUCGAGGGAAAGAGAAUUAUGUACUCGCCUGCAUAUGUAUAUUGUGUAUAUGUAUAUAUGCUCUCUGUGUACUUGUGUACAUGCGGAGCAGUGUGUUGAAGCAACUUCAAACGUUGCGUAAAAUUGAAAUGAGCUCGGAACCUUCGUAGUGCAUGCAUACUUGCUUGCUUUCAUCCAUCAAACAUUCAGCAAGUCAAACCUACAACGCUCGAGUUUUCUUUUGCAUCUGUAGGCGAGAAAAUACCAGGGAAGAUCUCUGGCUGAUGAUUAAUGUUUUUUUUUCCUCUUUCUCGCCCCACGCGUAAGUUAUUUCGAUUUUAAGAAAACCUCUUUGCUUCCUCACUGAAGUAUUUUUUCGAGAUUCUGUUGGACCUUUUUGUGUUGAGAAAAUCCGAGUAAGCUAUAUUUAAUUGCACUAACGCGUGCGUUGCGCUGGUUUAGCCUCCCCCCCUUUACCGUACCUUAGUACCCCAGUUGAUUAAGACUCUGAUGACUCUGUAACAGGUGUGCCUGUGCGGUGGCGAACCAGCAAAUAAAGCAGUUUUAGAUGUAGCAUUGUUUUUUACUCGUGAAAAUUGGGGCUGUAUUUUGUUCCGCACACUAUGUAAAUAUAUAUGCGCCACUAACGAGAUUCGCAGCUAUGUCUACCACUUGCAUAGGUGGAUCGGUGCUCGCCUGCACGUAAUGUUAUCUCGAAUAUUAUGCUGGAUUUUUGUACACGUUAAAAGUCGCGAUCAACGGCUAUAAGAAUAACCAUCGACGCGUGCGUGCAUUUAACGUGGCAGUGGCAAAUUUUUAUAAAUCAGCGCCAACACAUGCUAGCAUAAAGUAUCUAUUGUAUGUUUUUUUUCUUUGUUAUUUAUUUAUUUAUUAUUAUUUUUUUUUUUUCUAAAGCUGUAAUAUAAGUACGUACGACACUUUUGAAAUAAGAAAGCUGCAGCGAGCAUGCGUUGAUCUCGCUAGUGGUAAUGUUUGUAUUUUCUUGUAUCCGAUGGAAUGCAUUCAAUCCAGCCGGAAUGAAGAAAUUUAAUAAAGU